UUUAAAAAUUUUACUUAAAAGGUUUUCCAUUUAUUCUCGAGUCUGUUUUAUUUCUUGAUUGCAAAAAAAAGAAGUUUUUCUUAUCACUUAAAAGUGACCAAAUGGACGAUGAAAAUUUAUCGGAUGAAAAUUCAACCGAAGAUACGACGACGACGACAACCACAACAACAUCAUCUAUACCAAAACCAAUAAAAAUGACUGUAAACAGUACAAAUACAAUUCGUUGGUAUUCACAAAAUGAACAAUAUUUAUUAACCAUUAAUAAUGAAGUGAAAACUUGCCUAGACUGCAUUUAUCAUGGAUUUGAAAUAGCAAAGGAACAAGAUUGUAUAGGAAGAAAAAGUGGUUAUUCAAGUGAUUAUGAAUGGUUUAGCUACAAUCAGACAAUAUUUAAAAUGCAUUCAUUUGGUUCUGGUUUAGUAAAAAUUGGUUGUGAACCAAAUAAUCAUACAAUGAUUGUAUUAUAUGGUCGUAAUAAUUUUAAAUCAUUAAUUGCUGAAUUUGGUUGUUAUCAUUAUUCAAUGGUAUCCGUACCAAUUUAUGAUACAUUUAAAGGUAGUAUUGUAUUGGAAAUUCUACAUCAAAUUGAACCAGGCGUCAUUGUAACCGAUUCAAAUGAACGUGCAAAAAAAUUAAUGCAUAUUUGUCGUCAAUAUUUACAUACAAUCAUAAUUACAUCGGAAAAUAUUCACCCGGAAACAAUGACAUAUGGUAAAAAAAUGAAUAUAAAACUUUAUCCAUUUACUGAAAUUGAAAGAUUAGGUUCAUUGAAUCCAUCACCGGUCAAUCUACCAAAAGCAACAGAUUUAGCAUUAAUAAGCUAUACAAGUGGAACAACUGGCCAGCCAAAAGGUGUAUUACUUACACAUGGUAAUUUGGUUGCAAAUUGUUCAGCAAUUUUGUAUCAAAUUAAUGAAAAUAUUGAUUUAAAAUUUGAAACAAUGGUAUCCUAUUCAUCGAUUGCACAUUUACGUGAACGUAUUAUAAAAUUAUGUAUGUUUUAUUCCGGUGGUCGUGUUGGAAUCUAUUUUGGUGAUUUUAAAGAUUUAUCACGUGAUCUACCAAUAUUGGAACCAACAAUUAUGGUUUGUGUACCAAGAAUCCUGAAUCGUAUUUAUCAUCGUGUUAUUGGAAAAUUAAAAGGAAAUUGGAUGAAAUCAAAAGUAUUGAAUGUUGCUUUAAAAUCAAAAAAUUCUGAUACAAUUUUCAAGUAAGUUUUCAGAUUUUCUCGAUUGAAUCAAUUUGACUUUAUCAAAUUCAAUCAAAUUAGCGAAAAUAUUAAAAAUUCUAUAUGGGAUAAAUUGGUAUUCAAAACCGUUCAACAAAUGUUAGGCGGUAAUCUUAAACUGUUGAUUAGUGGUUCAAAUCAAAUAUCCGAUACAGUAUUGAAUUUUAUGCGUAAUUCAUUACGUUGUACCGUAUUGCAAUCAUAUGAAAUAACUGAAUGUUCAUCAUUUGUUACAUUAACUAAAUAUAAUGAUCAAUCACAAAGACAUUUAGGUAAUCCAAUUGCAUGUUGUUCAAUCAAAUUGAUCGAUGUACCUGAGUUAAAUAUUUGGACUAAAAAUGCACAAAUGGGUGAAAUUUGUGUAAAAGGUACAAAUGUUUUCUCCGGUUAUUACAAAGAUUAUCAAACAUAUAUUGAAAAUAUGGAUGAAGAUGGUUGGUUUCAUACUGGUGAUGUUGGCCAAUUUACAAUGAAUGGCCUAAAAUUUAUGGAUCGACGACAAUGUUUACGUGUAAUUAAAUAUAACAAUUUAAUACGUUGGAUUGCACCGAUUAAAAUUGAAAAUAUCUAUAUACAAAGUAUUUAUGUUGGACAAUGUUAUGUUGAUAUUGAUAUUGAACAGGGUUAUUUAAUAGCUGUAAUCGUACCGGAUAUUGAUGGUAUAAAUCUUUGGUGUAGUGAAAAUAAUAUGCUUUUAAGUUCAGCUGAAGCAUGUAAAAAUGUGGCAUUCCGUAAUACAUUAAUAAAUGAUAUAAAAAAUAUUGGUAAUCGUGAACGUUUAAAACAAUAUGAACAAAUACAUGAUAUUGUUUUACAUUCAGUACCAUUUACACAGGAUGCUGGCUUGUUAACACCAACAAUGAAAUUAAAACGUUAUGAAUUAUAUCAUUAUUUUCGUGAUGAAAUUGAUCAAACAAUACAAUUAUUAAAAAAUAAUGGUAGCCAUUCACAGGAUUAA